CCGGCCCCAGAUCGCCACGCCCGGCCGCGGCGUGUCGACCGCUCGACCCCAACAGACGACGGGUGGGAGUCGGGAGCGCGAAGCAAGCCCGCCAGCCUCCUCCCCGCCUUGCCGCCGCGGGCGAGCCGAGGCGAAAUGUGGAAGAGCCGGGUUCCGAAAUAGGGGGGCAACGGCCAAGAACCCGCCCCAGCCGAGUCGAAUCUUGGGGGGUCUCUUCGUCCUCUUUGCUCUGCUGCCGAUCGGUACCUUCUUGCUAGUGACAGCUGAUGGCGAUUUACCUAGCAACGUAGAAGCAUGUGCUUGAAUUGUAAGAAGCAAUCAUAUUGUUGGAACAAGAUCACUGCUUCAUCUGACUAUCUGAGUCGAUUUUGUAGGGGGGCUUGUGUCGUCUUUGACCAUGGCCUGGGGAAAGAUGGUCAGUGUUUCUCUGUGUCACUAGUGCGUGUAGAUAAAAUUUGCACGCAAUGCUUAUAUAAUGGAAGAGAGGAGUGUUUUGAUGGAACGAUAUGAAAUUGGGAGACUGUUAGGACAAGGGAUCUUUGCAAAGGUAUAUUACGCUCGUGAUCUUACAACCGGUCAGUCUAUCGCUAUAAAGAUGAUUGAUAAGGACAAGAUCUUCAGGGUUGCUCUCAUGGAUCAGAUAAAGCGGGAGAUCUCGAUAAUGAGAUUGGUUAAGCAUCCAAACGUUCUGCAGCUUUUCGAGGUAAUGGCUACCAAGAACAAGAUUUACUUUGUUUUGGAGUAUGCCAAAGGUGGUGAGCUUUUCAACAAAAUAGCGAAGGGGAAGCUUAGUGAGGAGGCUGCAAGGAAAUAUUUUCAGCAGUUGAUCAGCGCUGUGGGCUAUUGCCAUAGCCACAGUGUUUAUAAUCGUGACUUGAAGCCUGAAAACCUGCUACUGGAUGAGAAUGAAACCCUUAAGGUCACCGAUUUUGGUUUAAGUGCCUUAGCAGAGUCAAAGAGACAAGAUGGUCUGCUCCACACUGCGUGUGGAACUCCGGGUUAUGUUGCUCCUGAAGUGCUCAGCAGGAAAGGCCACAGUGGCGCAAAAGCAGAUGUAUGGUCAUGUGGAGUAAUUUUGUUUGUGCUUGCGACCAGUUAUCUUCCUUUCCAUGAUAGAAACCUUAUAGAGAUGUAUAGGAAGAUUUCAAAAGCUGAGUACAGAUGCCCUCGUUAUUUUUCUGUUGAGCUGAAGGAGCUCCUUUAUGGAAUCCUCGAUCCAGAUCCUAAUACUCGGAUGUCCAUCUUAAGGAUAAAGAGAAGUGCUUGGUAUAGGAAGCCCAUUGGGAUAACAACGCCGAAAACUGAAAUAGGCGGCAAGUCUUGUACAAGCGAAGCUACUACAUCUGGUUUGACAGCUUCCAUUGGUUCUGGGAGAAAUCAAGGACCAUUGAGGCUGACGAACUUGAAUGCAUUCGACAUCAUUUCCCUCUCUACAGGAUUUGAUUCAUCGGGCUUGUUUGAUGAAAAGUAUGGCCGAAGGGAGGCUCGGUUUACUUCCAAACAGUCGUCAGCAGCUAUCUUUGCAAAGCUGAAGGAACUGGCCAUACGUUUGAAGCUCCAAGUUACAAAGGAAGACAUUGGAGUGCUGAAAUUUGCCACAGCCAAGGAAGGUAAAAAGGGUAUUCUUGAGAUUGAUGCAGAGAUAUUUGAGAUUGUGCCUUCCUUGCUAUUAGUGGAGUUGAAGAAGACCAACGGUGACACAUUGGAGUAUCAGAAGCUGAUGAAAGAUGGCAUUAGGCCAUCACUUAAGGAUAUCAUGUGGGCAUGGCAAGGUGAUCACCAGCAGCCACAGGUACUCCGGCAUGCAGAGCAGCAGCAGCAGUCAACACUGCCACCACUGUCGCCAUUUCCACCACAACAGUCACUUUACUAGCUGCAAAUGCUCUUCUCACCAUUGCCACCGUGAUCCUAUCCAAAACAAAUACAACAGGUGACAGCCAAGUUUGCAACAGAGUCUUGACCUAUGUUAACAUGUUUUUAGACUAGUAAAUAGCUGUAGACUUCACAUAGAUUUCCAGCAUUGCUGGAAAUGCGAGCCUAUUGUUUUCGUUUUCUUCCUUUAUCCUUUUUCUCUAAAUUU